GUAAGUAAUCACAUUUUAUCGUGUUCUAGUGAUAUAAUCCUAUCGUAUUUGUGUGAUCUAGAUUUGACCUGCAAUAUUUGAUACUUGACUGAUAAAAAUGGCUGCUGAGCAAGAUAUGCCAACAUUCAAGUUGGUGUUGGUGGGGGAUGGUGGUACUGGUAAAACUACAUUUGUAAAGAGACACUUGACUGGAGAAUUUGAAAAGAAGUAUGUUGCAACACUAGGUGUUGAAGUUCAUCCACUUGUAUUCCACACAAACAGAGGUCCUAUCAAAUUUAAUGUAUGGGAUACUGCUGGUCAAGAGAAGCUUGGAGGAUUGAGAGAUGGUUAUUAUAUCCAGGCCCACUGUGCAGUCAUUAUGUUUGAUGUCACCUCAAGAGUAACAUACAAGAAUGUCCCCAAUUGGCAUCGUGACCUUGUGCGUGUUUGUGAAAACAUACCUAUUGUUCUAUGUGGCAAUAAGGUAGAUGUUAAGGAUCGUAAGGUGAAAGCAAAAUCUAUCAUAUUCCACAGGAAGAAGAAUCUCCAGUAUUAUGACAUCUCUGCAAAAUCGAAUUACAACUUUGAGAAGCCCUUCCUCUGGCUUGCAAGGAAACUUAUCGGAGAUCCUAACCUUGAAUUUGUUGCCAUGCCUGCACUUCUACCUCCAGAAGUCACAAUGGAUCCACAGUGGCAGCAACAGAUUGAAAAUGACUUGCAAGAAGCAUCUCAGACUGCCCUUCCAGAGGAUGAUGAAGACUUGUAAGCUGAACUGUGAUAUAUAAACAGAAAAUUAUAACCUCUCCACUUUACUUUUAUAAGGAUGUUAAGGAUUGUUCAUUAUAGGUUUAUCAUUGGAUUAUUUUUGUUACUCCAGUAUCCAAAUUAACAGUUGUAAUUUUUUUGCAGCAAAGGAAUUUUUCUUUUCCAUCUGUGAAGCAUUCCUUUUCUGCAAUGAAUUGAUUGAAAAACACAAGUUGGUAAUACCUGUAAUUGAUUUCAACAAAUUGAGGGGUGUUGCACCCUAUGACAACUCCGUUUUUUAAUAAAUUAAGAAAUUUU